AUGAGUACUUCACCAGGAACAUUAUCAUCUAAUUUAGAUGUGUUACUGAAAAACUAUGAAGACCAAUUAAAAACUGUAAAAAGGUUAAUGAAAAUAAAAAAUAUAAAAGAUAGUAUAGAAGAUGUGAUUUUAAUUAGAUAUAUUCUUUCAUAUGGUGAUAAGUUAGAAGAAGCAGUAAAUUCAAUUGAAAAAGCUGUUAUGUGGAGGAAAAAAAAUGUUUAUCCAUUAUUAAAAAAUAGAGAAAUAUAUUCAGGAGAUGAUGAUUUAGUACUUCCAGAUAGAGUAAAACCAUAUUAUUCUUUCAUUAAAAAAGCAUUAGCAGCAUGUGAACACAAGUCAACUAUAGAUAAGCAACCUGUUGUAAUAGCAAGAUUAAAAUUAUGUAAUUUUACUUUAUUAUUAGAUAAUGUACCUGAAAAUAUUCUUAUAGAUUAUAUUGUUUACUCAAAUGAGCAUGAAUUCAUAGUAUGUAACGAACAAACUAAAAGAAAUAAUAUGCUAUGUAGAACUUUUCGUUUUAUUGAUUUAAAGGGAUUUAUGCUUAAAAAAUUUGAUAGAAGAUUUUUAAGAGUUUUUGCAAAUACUUCAAAACUGUCUGAAUUUCUACAUCCUCAAUUAGUUGGAAAAACAUAUUUAAUAAAUGCUCCAUCAUAUAUUAGAAUAACUAUUGAAACAUUAAAGGCAUUUGGUAUAAGUAAAAGAACAUUAAAUAAAUUAGAAAUUCCCAAAGUUGUUCCAAGUAAAGAACCAGCCGAUUGUGAUUGGUUUUCUCUACUUGUUCAUAAAGAUGAUAUACCAACAUACUUAGGUGGCAAUUGUAAAUGUGAAAAUGGAUGUAUCCCAGGUUUUGAAAAUGAUUUAGAGAAUCCUUUAAAUUUUAAUACAGAAGAAAUAAAAGCAGAAAUUAAAAAUAACAUUAAAAAAUUAAAAAUGAGAAAAAAAGAGAAUCGGAAAGGUUCAGAAAAUCACUAUAAAAAAUAA